AUGUCCGACUACCUUGAGCUUGAGCUCAAAAGUUUCCAACUCUCUAGCGAACAGGCCAAUAUGUCUUUAUCCGUCACUGCGCUGGCCUUGAUAUCUAAUAUACCCCCUUCGCAAUACUCCCCCGAGGAGCUUCGACGGUUAAUCGACCUGAAGCGACUGUGGCUGGUUUCCCCGGGCCUCUGCCGCAUACAAAUCAUUAUUGACCAGAGCCUCCUCUGCACGUGGGAGUCGAACCCCGAAGUUGGCUUCCUGGAAUACCUAGCCGACGCGAUUUGUCAAUGCUCGCUAUGGCCAACACUCGGUCUUACCAUCAAGCAAGAGGACAUCCAGUACCAGCCGUCUUACGAAGGCGCCCCGAAUCUAUACUUCAUCGUCGAACAUCUAAACAAAUAUUCUUCACUUCUAUCGCCACCACACAUCUCCGCUGCCUAUCUUAAUGGAAUAGAAUGCCUGUUCCAAUAUCGACCAAGCGUCGCCGGUCAAUCCAAUAUGCCCUGUGCUCCCGUACAUCACUGCUCUCCCGAACAGACCCGGUAUACGCAAAUCUGGGACUUGGAAGCUAAUCCUUAUCAAACUAUAUGGCUGGGAGACUAUUAUAAGGGCUUAGAGGCCAGUUCCUCCACAACGAGGCACUCUCGACAUGGAUGGGAGGAGGCAGUAUAUUUAGCCCGGAUGGCCCUAUAUGUCACUAUUGGCAUUAGGAAGCGUAUUUACGGCUUGCGGCUCCUCCAAGUUGGUCUGCGCCCUUCGCUGCUUGAAUUGGCUCCGACUGUCUGGAAUGCCCAUUAUCUCAAGGUUGGUGUUCUCAACGGGAUGUCAGCCAUCCUAUCAACGUCCGCCCAAGCUCAAUCACCGUCGCUGAGGAAGAAAGUUAGGAGACUUCUAGUAGACAGCAGCCCUGGAUGCAAUCCAACGCUCAGCAUAAAUGCGACGGUCGAACCUACGAUUUAUCAGAAUUCCAUUCAAGAAAGACUCUGGGAUCUGCUACGGACGACAUUGACACCAACCAUUCGCAUAGGUAAUGUCAGUGCCGGCGGUUUACCUCGGUGUAGUGAAUUGGGAAAUGAUGCCCAUCAGAACAUGUCGUCAGAGGCCGAUAAACCGAAAGACGUUGAGCUUGAGCUUGACGUCCCCAUUAAUGGACCAGAUGAUACCAACCAGGGCGCUAUCGGCCUCCACCUCAACUCAAUUUCAUACUUGCCAUUGCUUCAAUAUCCGGAGUACCAACUCGCAAAUGGUGAGAGCAUUCUCGAAGCAACAGAGAGAACCCGACACUGGCAUAGGUACGAAGACGAGUACGAAGAUGGGUAUGAGAACGGGGGUAUAGACCCGGGCCCCAUGGACGAGUCCCCCAAAACCUUUGGUAUCGUCGACGAUCCGUUUGAUUCUUUAAGAGAAUGUAAUUCCCGUGAUGCUUUCUUCGAUUUAUCUGCACAAACACGCGAGAGGCCACACGACCCUUCCUUUCACCAGGAAAAUAGUGGUGGUCUUAUUAUAGAUAGAGAUGGCGUAUCCACAUCUGACUACUUCCACGACGUCGACACCAUUCAACGUACCAGGGAAGAGACUUCAUCACUUGUGGAAGUCGCGCUUUGGGACGACACUCAUCGAUACAAAUACGAAUUUGAAGAUGAUCAUGCUGUAGAAUCAGAAAAGCAGGCUAUGAUGAGUGACUACCAAGUGGAAGAAUGGCGGAAUUUCUAA